AUGUGCCACGACUUUGCGCCGGCCAUAGGUCUUUUCGGGACACGUGUGCAAGAUUCAGUGGCGCUGCGUGCACAUACCUCUAGCAAUCGGGCGAUGAACAUCUUUCUACAUUCAUUUUCCGCACUCCCCUCCAGUCCGUUGGUGUCUUCACAUUCUCAACUACCAAAUAGCCUAGGUAAUAUCCCUAACCAGGCGAACUCUUGCCAUAACGACCUUGACACCCAAGAUUGGAACAGUGAUCGUAUCCGUCCAUCAUGGAUACUGAUUGGUGCAUUGUUUGCGAUACGAGAAUUUCUCCUCGCCAUGGUGCUCCUUGGGACAAUCAUGAGGAUGAAGAGCAGAAUAAGGACCAAUCGACCGAGUCUACAAUCGAUAUGCCCUUUUCCGCGUUCUGUUCCCAAGACUGUUUGA